AUGGGGAAUAAGAUAAACCGUUCUACAUCAGCACCACAACUAGCACUUGAUGCGCUAUUGUCGCGCCCUAGUGCUCUCCAUUCGUCCAUGUUCUCUCUCCAUGCAACUGCACACCACGGCGUACCAAGUAACGCUCAAACGUUGGCCUUCUGCGGUCUACAAGGUAUCUUGGCCGUAGGCACCGCGUCUGGGGCUGUUAAACUCUACGGAGCUGAGGGAAUUGAGGUUUUGCUGGAAGGACCUACGUCCGUGUCGCACUUGGCGGUGGGCGUAACCCACUUGAAGUUCACUGCGCGCCAGCGUUUGGUCGUGAUCUACACGGACAACUCUAUACGCGUCGUUGAUUUAGCUUCGGGUGCCAUACUCUGCUGUGUCUCUAGGAGCUGGACCACAAGCGUCGUCACGAGUAUCGAGACCAUCAGCUACAGCAACUUUCCCUUCUUCUUUGUGGCUACAGACAACGGAGAGAUGCACGUGAUACAGGAAGAAACGGGUCAAGUCAGCACCUACAUCAUUCGGCCGCAGGAUCUCACGGCCCGAAACGCUGAUGGUGUCACAGCGAUGGCAUCUCACCCGAGAGAUUCCAAUUUACUCCUGAUCGCCUAUGAUUCAUGUCCUGAUGUGCUGCUAUGGGAUUUCUCCAGGCGCAAAGUUGUGCGGAAGUUCUCCCUCUUAAGGAAGGUAAACAUGUAUCCAGAAACGUCUGAUGUGUCCUCUGCCGAUGUGGGUCUCAUCGUAAACUCCCCGCAGUCGUUGUCGUGGCAUGGUAGUGGCAAGAGAUUUGUGGCUGGUUACAAGCAAGGCGGCUUUUCGGUGUUUCAAGUCGAUAAACCCCACGGAAUUUAUCGAUAUGCUACAGGAACGGUAUCAAGUAAAGUGGUCACACCCGUGAAGCAGAUCAAUUGGGUGUGUGCGCCGCCAACUUCCAAACACGCUGUGCUUCCUGGUGCCAUCGUGCUCGCUGGAGGCCGCUCUGACAACACCGAAUCCAAGCUGUUAACCGUGAUCUAUCCUCCUCGAAACGGACGUAGCACCAAUGAUGUACUUGUAGACCUUUAUACAGCUGAGACAUUGGUUUGGAGUAUUGCUACGAUUGAGUCGGCAAAUCACGCCGAAAUCGUGUCUUUCAUCGUCGCUCAUGACCAAGUGGACUACAGUUCAAAAUUGGCUCCGUUGUCGCUGAUCUUACUCUCCGGAAAUUCAUUGGAUGGCUGCUUGCCAACAGUAAGCGUGCAGGGACUGCCGUGCUUCGUCAAACUGUGCGAUGGCGACGAAGAAGAAUGGGAAUGGCGGUUUGAUCGACUUCCGGAGCCUGCGGUUGUCCCUCCGCUGCUGCAUCUUAGUCCACUGAAGACUUUCGCACUUGUGAACCUGUCUGAUUCUGACAGCACUCUUCAGGAUGACUUACUCUCGACAUGGAACCAAGCGAAAUACAACCCUAUGUUUCGCUUUAUGGAUAGCAGUGAUUUUGAGUGGCCUAUUAAUGGUGGUAGCAUACUUGAGCCAAUGCUUAAGAAAUUUGCAACGCCAUGCACGCUUAACAGUGAAGCUGGCAUUGCACCAAAUGGAAUGAUACUGCUGACAGGACACGCAAACGGGUAUGUGCUUUUCUGGGAAGCUCGGACAGCUGGAGAUUGCGUCAGCAAGGGUGCUAUUCGCUUGAUUCAUGUGGUUGAUGUGUCGCUACAGAUGUCACCGGCUUCGGUUAACACAGAGAUUACGUGCCUGACAUUCUGCGCCGGCUCACGCACACUUGUGGUUGGUUUUGCAUCCGGUGCAAUUGUGGUCCUAGAGUUUGUUCAUUUGAAGAAAAAUAUUUCUUUGACUGAACAAGUACAGGAAAAUAAAUGCAGCGACGUGAGAAAUGGUGCUUUUGAUCUAGAGCAGAAGUCAAAUUCUGAUCAAGGAAACUUGCCUAAUGAACGAGCAGGUCAAAACGAAGCUGUUGGCUUCCGCACACUCUUCUUCUUUCAUGUACACACAGAACCGAUUUCAAAGCUGGUAAUAUCCUCCUUGUAUGGGUACGUCUGUAUAGCUGACGCCGCAGGCAUGGCAUCACUUGUAAACACGAAGACGCAGUCUUUUCAGGUACUGGUCUGCGAUUUUUCCCCUGCUUGUGAUGAGUCCAUGUUGGUGGGCUCAUUGCUGAUCAGUGAACUUGUCCAAACGACCGAAAUUCCUGGAAGUGGUUCUUUGCCUCUUUCUUCGCUGCUCACGAUGAAUAAAAGUGGUGGUAAAGGAUCGCGUGAUAAAAGUGGUGGUAAAGGAUCGCGUGGCUUCUUUACUGGUGACGAAAAUCUUCAGAAUACGACACAGUAUCGCGAAGUGGUCAUUGUGCUUUUCGUUGGACGUGGUAGCGGUAAACUGGAAAUGUACCAUGUGCAGUCAGCCACAAAAAUGGGAGAAACGCUCGUGGAUCCAGAAAAGACUACCAGUUUGUCGUCAAUCCUCAUGGUAGACAGCGAUGGCAAGCGUAUUGAAAUUCCAAGUCGCAAGUGGGUCGAGCGAGAUACGACCUUCAACAUUGCUGAUGGUGUCGGGAAUUCUACAGUUUCGAUCGACAUGCUGAAGCCAAAGCUAACAGAAGACAGACUGAGAAAUAAUUCCGCGAGUGCUAUAAACUACCAGCCGAAUUGGCAAGCACUAAUGGCAAGCGCAAGCUUCGAAUCAACGCAACAGCUUGUGAUGGAAGCAAAAGAUGAGAGAUCAAAGGCUGCAGCUGUUGAAGCGAUACCAGCUGAUGUUUCGAACCAGCUGACUUGGACACAAAGCUCUCCCAUUGAGAUCACAGUUCCUCCAGGAUCACUUGGGUUGCAUCUCUUUAUGGAGGUGGAGCAACACGCUGUUGUGAAAGGAUUUGCGGAUGACAGCAGCACAGCAAUUUUGCUUGCGAACAAGGGAAUCCGCAAAGGUUAUACUCUUACUGCAAUUAAUGGUGUGAAUGUGAUCCCCUUUGACCGCGAUUUGGUAUGCAGAGUUCUCGAAAAGCUUCGAGAUUACGAGAAGGUGCUAGUUUUUGCUGUAGGCUUCAAGUAUCCGGGAAUGCCUGUGAACGAUGAAAUUGGAAGCCUCAAUGGUCCGCUUGUCGAGUCACCAAAUGCUGUGGAAUAUGAACGACCACGUUUUUUAGUGUGCACGUGUGGCAAGGUGAUUCACGUCGUGCAGACGACAGUUCCUCGAGCAGCCGAGAUGGCAACGGGUCCUAAGGACAUUCCGGUGGUGCCUUUAGCAAGUGUUGAAUUGCAGGGGGUUGUGCUUGUCACCUCGUUAAUUCGAAUACCUGUUGGUGAGGGUUUCGAAAACUGCCUUGCCGUCGUUGACCAAAGUAAGCGCGUGUAUGUUCUCUCCCUACUCUCGCUUAAGCUAAUCUGGGAGGCAGAUUUGGACAACUUUGGCUUCCGGCUGGGCUACAGCAACUUAGUAGAUAUCUCGUACGGUGGUGAGCUUGUGCUUGCUAACGCUUUUGGUGAGAUAGAACGCUUCUCUCUGCUCGCCGAGGCAACCGCAAUGGAACGUGCUAUGCUUGAGUCCAUGUCUAUUAAGAUGCGUUUGUACCUGCCUGAGCGUGCGACCAUCUUUGAUCAAGCUGGCUUACCUCCAGCGACUGAUAGCGGCAAAAAGCGAGGCAUUGCAGCAGAUGCAGGAAAAAUAUUCAAAAAGUUGGUCUUCAGCGUCACCCAAGAGGUCACAGACUUGAACAAAAUCUUUCAUUUUUCAUCGGAGGAGGACGAUCGCAGGCGGCUCAUUAGAGACCGGUGUAUCUCGGUCAAAGAUGCUACAAGUGCUACAUCACAAACUGAAAUGGAAUUGAAUACCACAACAGACACGCUCAUGCAGGCGCAGCAGCGGCUUGCAGAACGCGGGGAAAAGCUGAACGAUUUAGGACUGAAAGCGCAGCAGAUGAAGAAGAUGUCUGAGGACUUUUAUCAGACGAUGAAAGCUUUCAACGAGAAGAAUGCCAGCAAAAAGUGGUAUGAAUUAUAG